UGUGUAUGCUGUGCCGGGAUUUGGUUUUUAGGCUGGUUUGGUGUUCGUCAGACAAUGGCAAACAGGCGUGCUAGACGAGAUGAAGGCCGUGUGAUAUCAGCCAGAGAUCAAAGGGAAAUACAUCGACGAUAUGUGGAAGGAACCCAUUCACCUGUAGCAGCAGAACAGCGCUAUAUACACUCAUCGGACCGUUAUUAUGAGAGAAGACCACGUACACCGCCACCUGUUUCUUCAACAGAAGCUGGUCCAAUAAGAGAAACGAGGAGGCUUUAA